UAGGGGUGCCUGAUACCUGCAUAUACCUGAAUAUGCUGUGCCAAUUCCAGUCCACAGCCCCGACGCCACCUGCUCACUCCUCACAACUGCUCCAGGUUUAUUGUAUCCUGCUGCUCUAACAUGGCACGGACUUGCAUCCUCGCAACUCUUCGGUGCGGCUGUGCAUUUGGUCAAUUGGCCGCCUUGGUAACUGGGAAACUUGGGCCUGUGGAUGGUAGUGCUGCUGGUGGUGGGUGGCGAAGAUGGGAAGCGAGUUCUUGGCGGAAUGUGCUGGUCAGCUGGGCGCGACAGCUGACGCUCAGGGCGCCAAGAAACGGCAAAUCCGACGUCACUCGACCGCCCUUGUUUGUCUCCGCUUGCUCUCCUCCGCCGCACCUCUUGUUGCUUGCUGUUGCUGUAUUGCACUCGCGCUCUCGAUCGCUCAACUCUCUUCUGGGUAUCCGAAAUGUUCUCUUCUUCAUGCUCCUCUACUGUAUUCUGUCCCUUCUAUUCGCCUCUCAGCCAGCGCUCUCCGCCGUAAAGCGCUCACGCCGAGCCUCCUCCCUGCCGCAGCUUCCCGCCUCGCAGUCAUAAGCUUGACUCGGCGCGAGUAAUAACUCGACUCCAAGCAUGACUCGGCCCGCUCCCCUCUUUCCUCCUCCUCCUCCUCUGCUCUCUUGCC